AUGGAACAAAUGAAACGACAACGGAAUAUUAGUACCGACGAUUCUGAUGAUAUGAAAAGAAAACAAUUCCAUAGUACCCGUCAACCUGAAGAUUCAUUUGAUAUUAAUUUAUGUACAAAAUCUAUUAGUUAUUUCGAAGAUUUAUCUAAUGAAAUUAUUUAUGAAAUAUUCGAAUACUUUGAUUUUGAUUAUAUCUAUGAAACUUUUUCAAAUCUUAAUCAACGAUUUGUAAAUCUUAUUAUCAAUUCAAAUCUUCCGACUAAAAUCAAUAUUUCAUCUAUGUCAAAACCAACCUUUCAACGUUAUUAUAAAGAUAUAAUUAUACCUUAUCGACAACGAAUAAAAUCACUUCGCAUAACAAAUAUACUUGCUGUCAAUAUUAUUUCAUCAUCACAAGAUAAUAUUUCAAAACUGACUGGACUUGAAACACUUAUUUUUACUAAUAUUUCAUCCUCGUAUCUUCGUAAUCUUCAAUAUUUGAUUAAUCUACCAAAACUAUCUUCAUUAACCAUCGUUUAUGAUGGUUAUACUAAGAUUGAUCAAAGUGAAGUUUAUCAUCAAAUAUUUCAACUACCAGUUUUAAAGUAUUUUAAUUUAUUAUUGGGAUGGGUUUCUAUGCCUAUAGUAUUAUCAUUACCAUUUGCUACCAAUAAAUAUAGUUCUAUUGAACAUCUUGUUAUUAAAAAUGAUGUUCAACUUGAUACACUUUAUGUUAUAUUAUCAUAUGUUCCUCAAAUCCGUCGUUUAUCGAUUUCUUUUUUAAAGAAACCUGAAAAAAAACAAAAUAUGACGUUUUCUAUUACAUUGAACAAUUUAACAUAUAUAUCACUUAAACUACGGUCUUUCGAUUUUCAUGACUUCGAACUAUUGGCUAAAGAUCUCUUCCAUGAUCUUCAAGUAUUACGACUCUGUGCUAGUAAUGAAAUAACAUACUUAGAUGCAAAUCAAUGGCAAAACUUAAUCUUGUCUCAUAUACCAAAUUUAAUAAUAUUCGAUUUUCAAUAUAAGUGUUAUGCAGAAUCUGAGAAGGAUAUGAUUUCUAUUAAUAAAAAUCUGAUAAAAAAAUUUACUUCUUCAUUUUGGAUCGAACGACAAUGGUUUUUCUCUACUCAACAUUCUUGUGGACACAGUGAAAAUGAUUUUCUUUUCUUUUUAUUAAAACCAUAUAAAAGAGCAACAUUUCUAUUAGAUGGAAUAACUGAAGAAAAAUUAAACUUUGAUUCUGUUCAUCAUAUUGACAUGGGCAAUCCAUACACAAUCAACAAGUUUGGAAAUUAUUUUCCGAAUGCUACGAAAUUAACUUUCGAAUAUUCUUGGCCUUCAUCUGACUAUUCGAUGGAUAUUAAUUUACCAUGUAUUAUUUCUUUAGAACAACUUACUGAACUAGUUGUUGAAGAUUCACCUAUACAUUUUAUGCAAUUUGUUAAAUUAUUAAGUGUUGCAGUAAAUCUUCAUAGACUAAAAUUUGAUUAUAUAUCAAUUGAUGAAAUGAAUCCUAGAACAAUUCAGGAAGAUGCAAUUUUUCAGUUGGUAUCUAAAACAAAUGUUGUCAGCAGUCUCACUUUGACCUAUGAUGGUUCAUUGAAAAUAGUUGAAUUAUUCUUUGCCUUGUGUCCACGAUUACAACAUUUGGAAGUACAUUAUCAUUUCACUGAUAUUUUACGAAGUCUAAUGGGAUUAGUUUUGUCAAAAACCAAUAACAAUAAUCAUCAUUUAUCUUCUUUGUGUUUUAUGAACGAAACUGAUGAAACGGAAGAAAACAUGAAAAUGGUAAUUAAAAAUGAUAAAUUACUUGAUGAUUAUAUAGUGGAAUGUAUUGAUAAAAAAGUAUAUAUCUGGUGGUAA